GUGUUGGGGGGUUGUGCACGUAUAUUGGUUUGGGCGCAUCUCGGUUUACAAAUUUUUUUUUAACAGCUUGUUUGGAGAAAGUUAUUGGAGGAAAGAGAUGGUUUUUAAAAUAGCAUAUUUAUUUGGGGGAGAAAUUUUUCAAAGGAAGUAAGAUUUUUGAGGUUCAAAACCUCACUUUUUCAACCACUAAUAGGUGGGUUGAAAAAUCAUGAGAUAAAUCUAGCUAUGUUGAGUGUUAUGUUUUCUGCUACCGAAAAUUUUAAUUGAAAUUAAUUGCUUUGAUUUGAUUUCUUUGGGGAGGAGAAGUAAGAGAUAGAAGAAGAGAUUCAAAGAAAAAGUGAAAUAAACGAGGAACAUUUCAAAGUUGAAGAAUUGACUAAUGUAAUGCUUUUAGGAGAGGAAAUGAAUCCUUUAAAUAUACUCCUUCAAAUUCUAAAUAUUUUUAUACAUUCUUAAUUCUUCUCUCAAUUUCCUUAUCCGAUCAACCUCUCAGUCUCUUCACCUCCACCUCCUCUGGAUGCAUCAAUUCACCAUAUCCCUCCAUUACCCUCUCACUCACUCUCUCUCAUCUCAUGGUCACUCUUUACUUUCCAUCUUCCCUCAAAAUCCUAGAUUAAUCCUCCCCAUAUCACACUCCAGCCGGCCCCAUUUCCCCUACACCUGCGCCGGAUUCCAACUCUCUCUUCCCACCCCCUGCUCUACCUCUCCCGCCUCCCAAAACGGCGUUCUUCAAGAGCGGAAAUUGCGCAGUCUUGGACUCAAAAACAUCGAUGUUGCCACCCUUGGUAAUCUCUGUGUAGAUAUUGUUCUUCAUGUUCCCAAAUUGCCCCCUCGUUCGCCGGAGGCUCGCAAGGCUUUUAUGGAUCAGUUAUCCGCUUCCCCUCCUGAUGAGCAAUACUGGGAAGCUGGUGGUAACUGCAAUAUGUCCAUAGCGGCUGCAAGACUAGGACUCCGUUGUGCCACAAUUGGUCAUGUGGGCAAUGAAAUUUAUGGAAAUUUCCUCCUAGAUGUGCUUCAAGAUGAGGGGAUUAGCGUGGUUGGGAUGAAUGAAGAUGUUGAUAUCGUUGACAGUUCAAAUACCUCGUAUGAAACACUUUUAUGCUGGGUUCUUGUGGACCCUUUGCAAAGGCAUGGCUUCUGUAGUCGAGCUGAUUUUAGUAAGGAGCCUGCAUUUAGCUGGAUAAGCAAGUUAUCAGGAGAAGCAAAGAUGGCUAUUAAACAGUCAAAGGUCCUGUUCUGCAAUGGUUAUGGCUUUGAUGAGCUCAACCCCAGUUUGAUAGUCUCAGCUCUAGAUUAUGCUGCUGAAGUUGGGACAGCUGUUUUCUUUGAUCCUGGACCACGUGGAAAGAGUCUUUCUACUGGAACACCUGAAGAACAAAAAGCACUUCACCAUUUUUUGAAGAUGAGCGAUGUUCUUCUUCUGACAUCUGAUGAGGCUGCGUCAUUGACUGGCAUAGGAGACCCACUAUUAGCAGGACAAGAGUUGCUUUGGAAUGGUGUGCGUACAAAAUGGGUGAUCGUGAAGAUGGGUUCUAGGGGUUCAAUUCUAGUCACCAUGUCAAGUAUUUCUUGUGCACCUGCAUUCAAGGUGGACGUCAUUGAUACUGUUGGUUGUGGAGAUAGUUUUGUAGCCGCUAUUGCAUAUGGUUUCAUACAUGAUAUGCCCUUGGUAAAUACAUUAGCAAUUGCAAAUGCAGUGGGUGCUGCAACUGCCAUGGGUCGUGGAGCUGGUCGUAAUGUAGCAACCUUGGAGAAAGUAAUAGAACUCAUGAGAGCAUCAAAUAUCAACGAGGAUGACGAAUUUUGGAAUGAAGUUGUAAAGAAAUUGGAUGCUCAGGAAAUUACUUUCCUUUCAAAAAUGGCCAUAAAUGGAAGCGACAACCGGCUGAAUCGUGUUGCCUUACAAAAGGUGGUUUCUGAGUUGCUGCCUAGGUUCGGGUCUGCAAAGUUGGAGGAAAAGUUGCUUCUUGAGAGAUAUGAUGGAUAGUAGACUAUUUAGCAAUGAAUUUUUCUCAUGGUUAUGGUGCCUGAUUUUAGUGGCACAUAGGGUGGCAUUAAUUAAGGCCUGGAUUCAGGCAUUAACACAUGUUAAACUGAUCUGUUAGUGGAAAAAGGACGAGAGAGUUGGUGAGCAAGGCUUUAGUUCUGGUGAAGAGUUAGCAUUAGCAAGCUGCUUUUAUUCAUCUCCCUCUCUUUCUGAGCAUAUUUUUAAAUGAUUGUUCAGCAAUGGUGCUUUGGUAGAGCUCCUUUUUCUUUUC